CAACUAAUAAACAAACCGGGGUUUUGCGUGUUUGUCGCAUGUGCUGUACACAUAUAUGAAAUAUCAACCUAAGCAUGUGUAGUUGGGUAAACUUCUGGACGGUUCUCAUUCGCUGUAGAUGCGGCAGACAGUCAGCGGGCGUCAUCAUUUUUCUGUUGUUGUGACGGCGCAAACCGGCGAAGCGACCAAUGAGUCAGCAGCUGAUCGGAGUUAAAUUUACCUAACAACCUAUAUAUAACGAUAACAGCUCCAGAGAAAGCAUCUGCCCAGAGAUUUGCAAGUGUUUGAAGAAGUCGCUCGGUUUUCAGGGGGUUAACACAAUGGCAGUCCCGGUAGCUGCCCCGUUUCAGCCCAGUCCGGGUCUGCUGGAGCACAACAUUCACAUUGGAGACAGAGAUUUGGGAAGAAUUACAAGUAACAAUGACAGCGACACUUUGCCUUUACAUUCUCCGUGGACUUUCUGGCUCGAUAGAUCUCUACCAGGAACAACAGCAGCUGAAUGUGAGUCAAACCUGAAGAAAAUCUACACUGUGGAGACCGUUCAGAACUUCUGGAGAGUUUACAACAAUAUCCCCAGUGUCUCCAGCUUGCCACUGAGAUGUAGCUAUCAUCUCAUGAGAGGAGAAAGAAAACCUCUGUGGGAAGAAGAAAGCAAUGCUAAAGGUGGAGUUUGGAAAAUGAAAGUAUCAAAAGAAUCCACCUCGGCUGUGUGGAAGGAGUUGUUAUUGGCUACUAUUGGAGAACAGUUCAGUGAUUAUUGUGCUUCAGAUGAUGAAGUAGUUGGGGUUAGUGUCAGUGUUAGAGACAGAGAAGAUGUAGUUCAAGUCUGGAACGGAAAUGCUUCAUGUGCUACUGAUUCAAAAAUCUUAGGGAGGAUUUAUGAGCUCCUCCCACAGAUAGCUUUUAAAGCAGUAUUUUACAAACCCCAUGAGGAGCACCACGCCUUUGAAGGAGGACGAUCAAGACAUUAGCAUGUUUUACAUAUUAGACUCUUGAGGUAUACAACUAGCUUUUGGUUCUGACUAUGUCAGCGCCAUAAUAUGUGGGCAUGUUUUAAGCAGGGUGACAGUCAAAAUGUAAUAUUGUACCAUCUUAAUUACCUAAACAUGGAGCCCAUGUAUUAUGGGUUGAACUCUUAAUUUUAUCCAAAACAAUUAUUUUUUAGCCACAAGCAAAAACCAUUUAGAUUUAUUUUAUCUAUCUCAACAUUUGUAUGUUUUUUAUACUGCGAAAUUUAGCAAAAACUUAACCAAAGCAGCAGAUUGUGUACAGCCAGAUUUUUUUAGAUGUAUUUUAGCACAUUUCCGGAGCACAACUAAAACUAGUCCUUUAGAACUUUUUUUUUUUUCUUUUUAGUGUAGGCCUAGUUGCACAAAGAAACAUUUUAUCUAAAUAACACAUUACAAAGCUUUUCUAGUGAGCUCGUUUUUCUGUUUUGUACAUUAUAGCCAAAAUACUGUUGUCUCUACUGGGGAACCUAAAGAUGUACAGUAGUAUGAUGUGAUGCUAGUAUCUGAGCAGGAAAUUGCACAUUUUUUUUUUUAAAUUUCAUUCUUUGCUAUACCCGUGGAUUGUGAAAGGAUUAUGUUGUUAUUACAAUAAAAUCACCUCAGUUCAGAAAGCAUAAUGAGUAAUUGCUAAGAAAUAUAUGCAAUCAUUUUAUUCUGUUGAACAUCUUUGCUGUGUAGUGGUUUUCAUUUUGUUUAAGCCUCUGUCCUAAAUCAUGCACUUUGUGUUUUGUUUUUUAUAUAUAUAUAUAUAUAUAUAUAUAUAUAAGACAUCAGGUGGCUUCUCAGAGAAUGUGUGGAGUUGUGAUAACUCAGACCAAAAAAACUCUGGUUUUAUUUUACAUUUUCUGGUGGGUUUUACAGUUGUUCUUUUCAAUUUGAAGAUUUAAGGAGUGUGAAUGGCACAGUGUGUCUAUUUUGGUGCAUUGUGAUAGAAUCCAUGAUCAAAUUUGUUUCAAUGGAUUGGAAAAUAUUGUCAGCCUGAAAAGCAUGCAGUUAAAUUUUUAUGGAAUAUUUCCACUAUGUUACCAACUGGAAACGUGGUGAAGAGGUGAUUAAGGCCUUUUUAAAGUGCAUUUUCACAAAUCUUUAUCAGUAGGAUCAAAUCUAUGAGAAACUAAUAAAUCAAAGAUGGGCUGUGUAAUAAUAAUUUCAGUGUCUUUCACAUCCAAUACUGUUUUUCCCCUGUUGUCUUGUAUGGAAUAGACUGUAACUGUGUUGUUAUUAUAAUCAUGUUACUAAAAUGUCAGUUUUUAGGAAAAUUAACUAAUAUUGUAAUUUACAUCUCACCAAAGGCGCCUUUCCCAAGUGUCUGUGUGUGUGAAAGUGUUUGAGAUACUAUUUUAGGCUAAACAGAGCAUUUAACUUAUGUUUGUGUACAAGGACUCCACUAGUAAAACAGUUGUGAUUAUUUUAUACGCAGAGAACCCCUCAGAAAGACUGCUGCUAUGGUUAAUCAAUCAAAGGUUGAAGUAUUUCUAAUUAUCUUGCCGUGGCUUAGGUUCUCUACAAAACACAAAGAAAAAUAAUACAUUUUCAGACCACUGACUUUUGCCAAAAUCAGUAAUGCUUUGUUACUAUUUGUCCUGUAUUGUUCUGUUUUUGUGUAAUGUUAAAAAGCACAUGUUUUACAAAAAGUAAAAAAAUCAUUCUCUACCCUUGCACAUGUACAGUUGAGUGCUCACUUAAGAUCUCAGACCUUGUAAUUGAUUGUUGAUCUUGGAUGGUGCCUUGUGUUUACCAGCAUUUUAGAAUGUCAUGCCCACCUGUGUCCUGCAUGUUGGACUUGUACGUUGUCAUGUUUCUCUAUUAGUUUUACACAUGUACAAAAAAAUAAUAAAGAAGCCUCAAUUUCA